GCGGGGUUUCUGCGGUGACUCCGACAGGAUGGCGGGACGGCUGCUGAGGCUUCCUCUGGAGUGUGGAGGUGACCCUGAGCUCUCCUAGGCGGAGCUAGUCAAAGGCAAGGGAGGCAGGCUCUGAGUGCAUGCCUGGUGAUCUGCUCUCCCACCUCCAGCCAGGUUUGGAGAGACCCACCGGCUUUGUUCCCAGCAAUCCUCUGAAGCCAUUUACCAGAAGCGGGUCCAGGAGGCGGCGAUGAUCCUUGGAGGUGGAGGACUGAUCUUCACCUCCUACCUGACGGCGGUGGGGGACGAGCACUUCUAUGCCCACUACCUGAUGCCCAUGCUGCAGCGGCUGGUGGACCCAGAGCUGGCUCACAAGCUCACCAUUCGCUGCCUGUCCAUGGGACUGCUCCCACGCUCAGCCCUCCCAGAUUCCAGCAUGCUGGAAGUACGGGUCCUGGGCCAUAAAUUCCGAAACCCCCUGGGAAUGGCUGCAGGCUUUGACAAGAAUGGGGAAGCUGUGGAUGGACUCUAUAAGAUGGGCUUUGGUUUUGUUGAGGUAGGAAGUGUUACCCCAAAACCGCAGGAAGGAAACCCUAAACCCAGAGUCUUCCGACUCCCAGAAGAUCAGGCUGUUAUUAACAGAUACGGCUUCAACAGUCACGGACUGUUAGUGGUGGAACGCAGGUUACGGGCGCGGGAGCAGAAGCAGGCUAAGCUCAGCCAAGAUGGGAUGCCGCUAGGAAUAAACUUGGGAAAGAAUAAGAGCUCUUCGGAUGCUGCAGCUGAUUACGCAGAAGGAGUCCGAGUCAUGGGGCCUUUGGCGGAUUACCUGGUGGUGAAUGUUUCCAGUCCUAAUACCGCUGGACUGAGGAAUCUGCAGGGGAAAGAAGAAUUGCGCCAGCUGCUGAUCAAGGUGCUGAAGGAGAGGGACGCCUUGCAGGGUGGACACAAGCCGGCAGUGUUGGUGAAAAUUGCCCCGGAUCUGACGGCCCAGGAGAAGAGGGAGAUAGCCAGUGUGAUCAAGGAGCUGGGCAUUGAUGGGUUGAUAGUCGCCAACACAACAGUCAGUCGUCCUGCCAGCCUUCAGUGUGCACUUCGGUCUGAAGUGGGAGGUCUGAGUGGGAAGCCUCUCCGGGACCUAGCGACCCAGACUGUGAGUGAGAUGUACUUGCUCACCGAAGGCAAAAUUCCCAUAAUUGGAGUCGGUGGGAUCUGCAGUGGGCAGGAUGCGCUGGAGAAGAUCCGCGCUGGGGCCUCCUUGGUGCAGGUGUAUACGGCGUUCACCUACAGGGGACCCCCCGUGGUCGGGAAAAUCAAGCGUGAGCUGGAGGCCCUUCUGAAAGAGCAGGGUUUCAGCCAGCUCACAGAUGCAAUUGGAGCAGAUCAUCGGAGGUGAGCAAAUUGUUCUGUGUGGAAUGUGAAGUCGUGACCUUGGUGGAUGGAAGGAAUCCACCUGGAAGCUGAUCCCUGUAUCCCAGGAGACCAGACUCACUGACAUGGCAGGACUGUAAAGGACAAUGACAUGGGCCUCAAGGCCUCAGGGGACUCCUUUGUGGCCUGCUCUGACUGCACACCUCAAUCAUGAUUCUUUUCAAGUUCAUGGUACAUAAGAAAACUAUUGUGAAGUAAAGUCAUGUCAAGUUGAUAUUUA